AUGGCCCAUUGGGUUAAUGACCGAGAGAAAUUUCUUUUGGAGUUGAUUAGACUCGAAGGCUGUGGGCAUUAUGCUACCCAAGAAGCUUGCCGCAGACAUCAUGAAUGUACCUUUGAGCCAGAGUAUCGCUGCAAGGACUGUUUUGGCACUGAGCUAUACUGUAAGGAUUGCACAGUGGAAAGGCAUCAUGAUAAUCCAUUGCACAGGAUCAAGCGCUGGAACAGUUCUUACUUUGAGGAGACUACCCUCAAACAUCUUGGACUCCGCAUCCAGCUUGGCCAUGCAGUUGGCGAACGAUGCUUCAAUCAAUCCAGAGCGUUUGACAACGACCGUGUGAUUCUGGACAUCAAUUGUGUUCAUGAGGUCGCACUAGAUUUUUGCGGGUGCUCAUGCGCACAAAGUCAUGCAAUGCAAAUUCUCCGCACCCGCUUGUACCCUGCAACAUGCUCUGAUCCCAAGUCAGCUGCUACCUUCCGACUUCUGCAACACUUCCAGAUGUUGACUUUCGAGUUGAAAGUGUCCGUGUUCGAAUGUUGGCAGACACUCACCUGUCUCACAGAUAACACAGGAAUAAAGCCCUGCAAGGUCAUGAUCCUGCCUGGUUUCAAUGUGACUGAACCUGGAGGAUGUGUAGUUCUUUGUCACGCCUGCCCUCACCCUGGCAAGAACUUACCUGAUGACUGGAGAAUGGCGCCCCCUGACAAGCAAUGGCUGUACACACAAUAUUUUGCUAUUGACACGAAUUUUUGUUUGGUACGGAAGAAUGUGUCCUCUGACAGUGUUGACCCUGGUUUGAGUAAAGGGUGGUCUUAUUUUGUCGAGGAGACUGGCUUCAAACUGUUCCUGAAGGAUAUUGGAAAGGUUUCACAAGAGAAAAGCACUUGCAUUAGUCACAACGCUGUGAACCUUGCCAAAACAAAAAACUCACAAGGGCUGGCUGUGAUGGGAGCAGGGACUGUAGACUGUUCUCAUCACAAUUUCAAGCGGCCAUGUGGAGUGGGGGAUCUUCAGCAAGGAGAAAAGUAUCACUCCAACGAAGUCCUCACACUCAAUGUGUCUUAUGACAUUGCUUGUCAGUGGAGCAAACAUCUGUGGACCCGCAUGUCAAAGUACCCAUCGCAUCUACACUUCGAGUGUGACGGAAAGACGAUGACAUUCCUCAUUCCCAAGUUUCACUUACCAGCCCAUAUCACCACCUGUCAGAUAUCAUUUUCACAUAACCUUAUCAAGAGGAUGGGACGCACCGAUGGCGAGGCUCCGGACACAUGGGAAAUGGGUCCUGGUGCACGCAGAGAUACCCUCGAUGAUCAUUUCAGUUACUAUAAUUGGAAGAAGGUGACUAACUUCGGUAUCAGUUUAUUGAGCAAGAUCAAAUCUGCAAUUCCCGAGUGUGAACAACACCAACGUGACUUUGAAGAAUUCAACUGUGUGCUGACCGAAGAACAACCGAGUGAAGUAGCUCAGUGGAAAGAAGUUGUUGAAAGCUGGGAGUGCGACCUUUCGAGCAAAAAUCUGUUUGAGAUAACGACAGUCUCCAUGAUGCUGGCUGCCGUGCACCUCAAACUGUCUCAACAGGAAGCCGAAGACCUUGAAAAUGGGCUCAACAAUUCACUGCAUAUGGAUAUCUCUCCCAGCAUACUAAUAUCAUCUGGAAUGGACCUCAAGGAACAACAAUACCGCCUACAACAAGAUCUGGCCGCUCUCAGUGCCCAUCCAAUAGAUCUGCAAAUGAUGAGGCUGCAGGAACAUUCAAAUGCACUCCUGCAGAAGAUAGAGCAGUGGUGCAACAUUCAGUUGCUCUACAUGCCUGCAGUUGGCCACCUUCAUGCAGCACAUGAAGUCAAGCUGUGGCUUCCAUCAAAGGUCAAGGAGACCACUGAGCUAUGCGAGGGGCCGCUUUGUGCAUAUGAGUGGGAGUUACGGUGUGCACAGGCACAUGAAGCUCUGGAUGAGCUUUGCCGACAACUUCAACUUCAUACUCACCUCUACAAGUUCAAGGACAUGCACAUCUGUGGUCAACAAGCUAAUACUAGGGCGACCAUGUUGCUUAACAAAGUGGAACAAAGCAUGAAAACCGCUGUUGCGUGGUAUUGUAGAGCCUGGUCAGCCGUCAAGACACUAUCCAUGGUCCUGGGCAACCCAAACUGGGAAGUUGAGCUGCCAGAUGUAGCUGGAGUUGGCGAAGAUGGCGAGGCUGUCCUAUCUGAAGAAGUCAAGCUCCUGCAAGAGGAGAUGCGCCGUGUAGCUGACUUUCUUUCCUGGCAUGCAGGGUGGUGGGAGGAGCAGGCAACUUGGAGGGCUGCCCUAGUCGCACCUGAAGAGGAGGGGAUCCAGGGAUAUGCGAAAUGCCAGGCUGCUCUUCAGAGGGCUAUGCGGGACAGAUUCCAGGAGGUGUGGAGUAUUGUGCCUGCUCUUCUCCAGUCUCCAUCCCCCGCUAUAGAAUUCGCCACGCUGUAG